AAUGCAUAUAUAAUAAGUAUAUAAUGCAUAGCUAUAUUAACAUAAAUAAAUACAUAUAUGUAUUGCAUAUAUAUGAAUCGAUUUAUUAUUCAUAAUACAUUAUUCACCGUGAAACCUUGACGCUUCCUAUGGUGCUCAGAAGAAUCCAUUUAAGUUUUAACGAUUCAUGAAAUAUUUUUUCUCUACACGAAAGAGAAUGUCCUCUUAUCGGCUGUGGGGUUCGACGGAAGAUGGAGUCAUCGAAUUUGAAUCGAUGACGGACGAUACAUUAUCCGGUGCUCUCGAUGUUAUAAGAAAAAGUUUUUUUAUUCAUGAGAGCGUAUGCAAGGGCGUGGAACUCAUGACGGAACCUGGUGCUGUCGAAGAACUGAUAGAACUUUGUUUGAUAGCUGCCAAAGAUGGCGUCAGCAUUGUCGCCAUUGACGUAGAAAGUGGGGAGGUUGUUGGCGCGCUUUUCAAUAAAAUUCAGGUCGCUGGAUGUCCAACAGACAAAAGUACAUUCGAACUUUUCAGUGAAAAUUGUAAAUACAAAUCGUCGAAGGCACUAGUAGACUUCAUGAUCGACAUUGACAAUAGGAUAAAUCUCUUCAAGCAUUACAACACUAAAUACAUUUUGGAACUAAUGUUUUUAGCAACUUUACCGAAUUACGGUAAACGUAGAAUAGGCGAACUUUUGAUUAGCUCCACAUUAGAAAUGGCUCGGGAAUUGAAACGCGGCAAAUCCGUGAAAAUUCCGGUUACGAUAAAUAAUAAUAAUUGUAUAGAAAAUAACGAUAUUAUUCCUACUUUGGCCUCGGGUAUUAUGACAUCGAAUUAUUCGAAAAAGAUCUGUAUGAAAUUGGGAUUUGAAACAUUGUUAGAACGUAAUUUCGAUCAAUACGAAUUCAAUGGUAAGAAAUUUAACGAUAGAAUCGACGAGGAACAUUGGAGAUUCUUUUUAGUAGCUAAAAGAAUUUUGUGAAAAUUUUUUAUUAAAUAUCCAUGAUAAUUAUAGAAGUGGAAAUGCUACUUGGAUCCUUAUAUAAUAGAGAUGGCUUUUUAUUUUUUUUAUUUUUUUCCUUUUUCUUAUCGCAAUAAAGAAAAUUAUAAACAAACGUUUGGCGAAAGGUAUAAUAUAAUUGAAACGAUAGUAGAACAGAUGACAAUAAUAUCGAUUUACUUUGACAGUGUGUCUUUUACGUAACAACAUCGAGCGUAUAUACGAUGUGUACUAUUUUUGCAAUGUUAAAAUAUUAAUUUGAUAAUUUUACAUGAAUUUAUUUAACGGUAUACAUAUACGUAUAUAUAUAUCAGAAACGAUCCUCGUUUAAAGGUGAUAAAUUAUCAUUUUUAUCAUUAAUUAACUUAUUUUCUUUUUUGGAAUAAAAUUAUAUUAUAUCGAUGUGUGUGUGUGUGCGUGCCUUUGAUUAAAAAUAUUUUAUCAAUUCUAUCAAAUUAGACUUUAUUAAUAGUAAAAAAAAAUUAGUAUGAAAAUUCAUUAUAAAGAGUACGUUAUCAAGUGUAAAACAGAUUUUAGGAAAGAAAGUAUUGAAGCGUAGAUGUGAAGUGAUGUGCAUUGGCAUGACCAGCUAUAACCGGUGGUGGUACAUAAUAUAUCACGGUUAUAAGAACGAAUGAAGUUCAGUAGUUUGGAAACUAUCGUCCAUAUAAGCACGUUCUUUUCUACAAUCAGAAAUUAUCGUGAUAAAAUUCUUACUCUUAUCAGUAUUAUAAAUUCACAAAUAUUUGCUCGAAGACGAGACGUGUGAUAAUUAUGAAAUUAAAUUGUUACCGUUUAAUAUUAUCAAUCGUUUAUAUAAAUGCAACAAUGAAACUUGAAUAAAUUCAUUAUGAGUUUCCCGUGGA